AUGGGCUCAGAAGCGAUGAGUUUUACGUCACCCUAUACUGUUAAAACACUAGACCAGAUACCUACACCUGUACUCAAGCUAUUGGUGUCAUUAGGGCCUGCACUAAGAUAUAUUGCUCAACUAGCUCAAGUCAUCAUGUGGAAAUCAUCACAACCUCGACUUUCUAUUCUGAUGGUCUUGAUAUGGAUCAUGACCUGUCUUUGGACUUGGCAACUUCUUGCCUUGGGCCCUCCUGGUCUGAUACUUUACAAACUGGCUCAAGACUGGUUAGCAGUAAGAAUGAACCGAGUUCGCCGAGAGAACCUAGAAAAAGUGCGUCAAGAGCAGCGUAAGAAAAGAGAAGAGAAACUAAGACAAGAAGAUGAUGAUGACGAACGAAGCCGUUAUUUGGAACAACAAAAGGAGGAGGAAGCAAAUGAAUUGAUUUCGAGAAAGAUUCGACCUGCUGGACAGGUAUCGCUGGAUGAUACCUUGGAGGAUUUAGUGAUCAUCAAUGCGUUCUUGGAUCACUCUCAGAGAUAUAUUGAACGAGCUAUCAAUACUAUUGGUGAAUCUAAUCCAGUAUCUGUGCUGAGUGUCCUGAUGUAUGUUGCACCUCUCUGGAUCUUACUCAAUUGGUGGUUUGGUGCUCAAGUCAUUAUGGCCAUUGUGGGUGCUGUCCUUCUUGUCAGCCCUUCCCCUUGGUUUCAAAUCAUUGUCAGUAGUAUGCGUCGUAACAUCGUCUUGAAGCAUCUGUUGGCUGCCAUGUGGGCUUAUGGAGUGGCCGUGAUUUUGUCUAUCUUUCGCUUCGACUUACAAUUUAAAGAGCGUAUUCGAACCAUGCUCCAUCGUGCUAAAAAGACAAAGGCGAACGCUCUCUCCAUGAUAGAAAAGCCUAUGGAAACACAACAAGAUGAUAGUAAGGGCACACGUACUGAGAUGAUCUUUCAAUUUGAAGUGUAUGAGAAUCAGAGAUGGUGGUUAGGUGUUCACUGGACAACCAACAUGAUGCCCAAUGAACGUGGACCAUGGACAGAUAGCCAAUUGAAGCCUAUACCUAGUAAAGAAGAAUUUCAAUUACCAGAAAGUACAUCAAACACAACCUAUCAGACAAUCAAUGAGAAGCAGACAAUCAAACGUACAACGCGUAAAGUAUGGACCUGGGCAGACGGAGAUUGGUGGGUGGAUAUGACGGGUGAAUUAGAAGGCAAGGUAGAUCAUAACGGAUGGGAGUAUGGAAAUAAUGCAUGGAAGCAAUUGAGUGGUAUGCCUGGUAUUCAAACAUUCACGAGACGUCGUCGUUGGUGUAGGCGAGCAAGAUUGGUAGAGCGUGAAAUAGAAGAAAUACGUAAUAAUGACGAAGCGAAAAAGGAAAAAUGA